AUGUAUAAACCUUCAAUCACUGGCACAAAUAACAUUCCAUUGGGGAAAAGAAGAUUAGGAGGCUCUAACGAAGAAGCUGAGGAGAAAGAAAUCAAAGUGGAGUCAAAUGUUGGACAUUCGCUCAAGAGAGCAAGCGAAGAACAUGAUCAACAAACAGAUGGAGUUGCUGAGGGACGUAGGCGCAAAAGAAGAAGCAGGUGGAGCGGAGAAGAAACAAAAGUUGAUAUAGGUGUUCCGACUGCUAUUACCUACAAUAUGUCAAAAGAACAAUUGGAUACGUAUUUAUUACACAUGAGGUUAGAAGAAAUUGGCCGUAAAUUAAGAUUAGGGGAUUAUGUUCCACCAGAAAGAGAAAGAUCGGCAUCUCCAGAACCAGUUUACGAUUCUCAGGGAAAACGUGUUAAUACCCGAGAGUAUCGAUAUCGCAAGAAGUUAGAAGAUGAGAGACAUAAAUUAAUCGAGGAAGCCGUACGAAGAAAUCCCGAAUUUAAACCUCCAGCCGAUUACAAGAAACCUACUAAAGUUCAAGAUAAAGUGUAUAUUCCGGCUAAAGAAUUUCCUGAAAUUAAUUUUAUUGGAUUAUUAAUUGGGCCGCGUGGUAAUACUCUCAAAAAAAUGGAAUCGGAGUCGGGAGCAAAAAUUAGUAUUCGUGGUAGAGGAAGUGUAAAAGAAGGGAAGAGUAGAACAGAUGCUGCUGCUAAUGCAAAUCAAGAAGAAGACUUACAUUGUUUAGUAACUGCUGAUGCUGAAGAAAAAGUCGCUAAAGCAGUUAAAAUGAUCAAUAAGAUUAUCGAAACGUCGGCUUCGGUUCCUGAAGGUCAAAAUGAACUUAAACGACAACAAUUACGUGAAUUAGCAGCCCUUAACGGUACACUACGAGAUGAUGAAAAUCAAAUUUGUACCAAUUGUGGUGCCACUGGCCAUCGCAAAUAUGAAUGUUCAGAAACUCAGAAUUUCACUAUUAAUUUGACUUGUCGAAUUUGCGGAGGUCAUGGUCACACUCCCAGAGAUUGUAUGGAAAGAAAUAACCCUGAAGCUUUGCUACAAGCCAAACAGAGAGAUCAAAAGUUGGAUAGUGAAUAUUUGAGCUUAAUGGCUGAAUUAGGAGAAAAUGUUGAAACAUCGAGGACUAAUGAACCUGGCGCUAAAGUGGGACAUUACGGUCCUUCGGGUGGUUCUAAGCCCCCGUGGCAAUCUCAUUCAAUUGCAGGUUCUGCUACUGCGCCACCUUGGGCUCCAAAACCGUCCAUGACUGCACCUAAUGUACAUGCUGGGACUAGUGCUUUGCCACCAUGGCAGCAACAAAAUAUUCCACCACCACCAGGAUUAGGUAGUGCCCCACCACCUCCGGGAUUAUCAACUUCUACACCCUGGAGCACAGUAAAGUCGUCUUAUCCACCACCUCCUCCACCAGGAGCUUCUUUGUAUCCCUCUACUCCUAAUGUUUCCAUGUACCCUCCACCUGUUGCUGCCUCGAGUUAUUCAUACGCAACUUAUAAUAAUCCUAAUUAUGGUGUCUAUGGUACAACUUAUUCAACGGCAGCCGCAGCUGCAGGAUAUCCACCACCUCCUCCUUCUACGGCUCGAUGGGUAAUUAUAUUAUAA